AUGGCUGACAUAACAGAACAAUCUGAGAUAGUUACGUUGGAUCCAACACCUGGAUUCGUUAUCAAAGUCAAGGUACUUGAAUCAAAGGAUUAUCUGUCGGUAGGAAGAAAGGUUUUCAUCAAUGUGUGCCAUGAUCCAUUAGUACCCAGACCACAAAUUGACUUUGAUCCUGAAACGGUAUUCCCAUUGAUAAUUGAUAACAAAUGGGAAAUACCCUUGAUUGUAUCAGAGUUGAAGACUGUGACUGAUAAGAAAGGAGUUACAUCGUUGGCCAUAGACUGUUGUAUAAACCCUGUAUGUUUUCAAUGGUGUCAAGUUAGCGAGGACUUAAAAACAAUACUAGUUGAAUGGUGUAUAGAGGCAGUUGAAAUGUCAUUCAGUCUAACAUUGGACAGGGAUUAUACAUCACCAAAGAUGUUAUCAAAAGGAGCAUUAUCCAAAACAGAAAUUCAAAAAUCAGAACUUGAAGAAUCAGCUUUCCUGAAAAGGCUACAAGAACUAAAGAAUAACGAGAUAUUAGGGCUAUUAGAAGAAGUAGAAGAUAACAGUGAUAGUGAACUACCAGAACUUACGAACAUAGGCCGUGAUCGUCCAACAUCAGGCAAGCCAUUGAUAGAAGUAUUAGAUGAUAAUACUAUAAUUUCAAACAAACCGAAUAUCAAAGAGCAAGAAAAACAAACAAAGACCAAUGAACAAGAAAAAGUGAAUAAAAUUGAGUUUUCCAUAACAAUAAAGAAGUCGGCAUUCAUUAUUCAAUUCAAUCGUGCCCAAGUUAACGAUGGCUCAUCAAUCAAUCUACAACUAGGACCCCAAUCAGACAGUUUAAAAUUAAUCAAUUUGAAUAAUUCUUUUUGUUUCAGUCAAGUUAAUGGGAUCAGCAGCAACGAGAUAAUAAUCCCAGUUCCUAAGAAUACACAAUUAAAUGCCGACAGUAUAAGGUCGUUCUUUGUUAAAGCAGAUAAUUCACUUUAUAUAUUCUUAUAG